AUGGGCGAGAGGUGUGCAGGACGCAGCGUCGGCGCACCUUUCUAUGCCCCGCGUCGGAAGACAUCAGCUGAGAUCAUCAGUGAAGCUCGUGCUGCUAUCAGUACUGCAGAAAUGAGCAACGUCGCCGGCACGGGUGUAGGGGCGCUACGUCCGCUGCGCACGCGCCGCCCGUUCACGCCGCGCGAGUCCCAGCGCACGCUGUUCACAGAGCGCACGCGCAAGAAGGACCAACGGCCGCCUAGCGCGUUUGACCUUAAAUGUCUUACCUUAUCGGAAACGGCGGAAGACGUUUUGGUUGCGUCUGGAUCACAUUUUGGUUGUCUAGAUGAAGAUAGUAUCAUUGAAGAAACGUUGACUGAAUUACAUAAUACGAAAAAGAAACCUGAAGUAAAAUCCCAAAAGGAUCGUUUAGGGGAUGGAUGGGGUGGCUUCCCCAAGCUACCACACCUCAGUGGUAGAAGUAAGCCUUUGCAUAGAAGAAAUAAUACAGGACAGUCUGUUGACGCCGUAAGUCCAGACUCUUCAACAAAAAAGAAACAUUUUUUUGCUGGAAGGUCCUUGUCAUGUGACACAGCAGUCGGCCUCGCAGAUGUGUCGGUCAGACAACUGGCCGUACAGCUGCCCAGCACAGUGACCAAUGAUUAUGAGAAG